AUGGUUAUGGUGGUAUUUUAUGGUUAUAUCUCAAUAAUACUAUCGGCAGCAGUGCCUGCAUUGUCUUCCCAGAAUUAUGGAAGUAACAACUUGGACUCAAGGAGAUCUAAUCUACUAGCCACACCAAGAAACUUACAAAGGACCUCACCUUCAUCAAGUGGUUAUACCCAUGAUGUAGUCAUGAAACCUUACAAAUUCAAUUACUUUAUAGUCGACGAUCAAGGAAAUACACAUCAUCGAGAUGAAGAAUCAAACGGAAAUGGAACAGUCAAAGGAUACUACGGGUACACCGAUAUUUCAGGGUUGUUCAGAAUAGUUGAAUAUACCGCAGAUAGAAAUGGAUUUCGAGUUAGUAUCAAAACCAACGAACCGACUUUAGUUGGAAGGAAAAGUCCUGCUGACGUACGAUUGAAUGAUUAUCCAUCCGCCUCAGAUAUGCGAAAUGAAAAUGAACCUUGGAAAUAUUCAGAAAAUGAGAAAGGAAAUGGGAUUUCUGACGAAGUCAAAAGUGAUCCUGAAGGAAAACCUUAUGUUUCCGAAGUGCAACAUUCAUUGGGUCCAUACAUAAAUAGAGGGUGGGAAUCUGGAAUGGAACCGAAGAAAAAUAGCACCUGAAAACACAUCUGUAUAAAUUAUUGGUGAAGAACGGAUUGGAAGAAACUGCAGCAUAAUUCAGAAUAUUAAAUGAUUUCAUUGCUUAA